AUGGCACCCAGGAUUGAUCCAAAGGUGCCCCAAGUUCUGCAUGAUCUGCCCACUCCAGAGCCAGAAUCUCCCUUUCGGCCGCGCAAACCCUACCGGUUCUCGACGUUAUGCGCUACGGUUGAAAACCCCAGCCAGAAGGACCAAUAUGGAAGCAGCUCUGUGCCAAUCUACCAAACAUCUACCUUCAAGGGGAUGAACGGAGAAUACGACUACUCUAGGAGCGGCAAUCCUACCAGGAGCCACCUCGAACACCACAUAGCCAAGAUAUCGUCUGCUGAGCAUGCGUUUGCCGUUUCAUCCGGCAUGGCUGCACUUGACAUUAUUUUGCGGCUUCUCAAGCCAGGGGACGAAGUUAUUGCGGGCGAUGACCUUUACGGAGGGACCAACCGUCUUCUUACCUACCUGCGCACCCAUGGCGGCGUUACCGUUCACCAUGUUGACACCACCAAUCCUUCUUCAAUACGCCCUUACUUGAACGCAACCAAGACAGCCAUGGUCCUUCUGGAGUCACCAACAAAUCCUCUGCUCAAGAUUGCUGAUUUGGCUCAGCUGAGUAAGGACGUGAAAGAAGCUGCACCCAAUGCCGUAGUUGUUGUCGAUAAUACGAUGAUGAGUCCCUACCUACAGCGCCCGCUUGAUCACGGCGCGGACAUCGUGUAUGACAGCGCGACAAAGUACUUGAGUGGCCACCACGAUCUCAUGGCUGGCGUCAUCACUUGUAAUCGAGCAGAUUUAGCUAAGCAAAUGGCGUUCAUGAUCAAUUCAGUUGGAAAUGCGCUCACACCCUUCGACGCCUUUUUGUUGCUGCGAGGCACCAAGACACUCGCUGUACGCAUGGAUAGGCAACAAUCCUCUGCCCAGCUGGUAGCCAAAUAUCUGCACACCCUAGGCUUCGCUACCUAUUAUCCUGGUCUUGAUUCCCAUCCUGGGAAAGAAAUCCAUGACCGCAUCGCAGAUGGGCCGGGCGCUGUCCUGAGCUUUCGAACUGGUGAUAAAGAAUUGAGCGAACGAAUUGUUGGAGCUACGCGGCUAUGGGGUAUUAGCGUGAGCUUCGGCUGCGUCAACAGUCUGAUCAGUAUGCCCUGCGCCAUGUCACACGCAUCUAUCGAUCCUGCUACUAGAGCGGCCCGUGGGUUACCCGAGGAUCUGAUCCGUCUAUGUGUUGGUAUCGAGGACCCAACCGAUCUCCUUGAUGAUCUAGAGCGUGCGCUUGUAGACGCCGGCGCUAUCGCACUCGCUUCCGAUCUUAAUUCUUAUGUCCGGGCGAAUCUCCAAGAUAACUCGCUUAGAGCGGUAGAGAAACUCGCCAUGAGAGAAACCCCUGAUAAUCGAGAAUGGUUGGUUAGUGCGCCUGGUAAAGUCAUUCUGUUCGGCGAACACGCUGUCGUUCAUGGGGUGACCGCCAUCGCUGCUUCUGUCGACCUCCGCUGCUACGGUUACGUAACACCGCGUCAAGACAAUAAGAUAACCUUGCAUUUCAAAGAUAUUGAUGACUUCCGUGGCGAAUGGGACAUCGACUCCUUACCUUGGGAUGAUUGUUCCAUUAUUGUGGAAGGAGAGGAGCAUCCAGAUUCAGUCGACCAAAAAUUAUACGAUGCAAUUCAACAGGGCCCCCUCGCCCAUUUGGAAGGUCACAAAAGUGCCCAAGCUGCAGCGCUUGCAUUCCUCUACAUUUACAUGAAACUUGCACGCGACAGGUACCCACCUUCGCUUAACUUCACCGCACGGUCGACUCUUCCUGUUGGAGCUGGUCUUGGUUCCUCCGCGUCCUUUUCCACAUGCUCGGCCAUGGCCCUUCUCCUCGUUCACAGGCGGAUCUCUUUGCCGACCAUACCUAAACCCGCUCGCGCGUCAGAUUCGCCCAACGAUCCAGGUCAUAUCCAUUUCUCCCAUCAGGGACGUAAGGCCAUUACUCCAGCGAUAGCGGAGGAAGUCAAUCGGUGGGCCUUCGUGGCGGAGAAGAUCCUCCACGGCAACCCCAGUGGCGUCGAUAACAGCGUGGCCGUCUUUGGUGGUGCUCUAGCUUAUACUCGCGCGGGCUUCGGGAAACCAUCUGGAAUGGAGGGGAUACAAGGAUUCAAGUCUUUGAGAUUCCUGCUCACUAAUUCUAAGGUGCCCCGUGACACCAAGCGGCUGGUUGCCGGCGUCGGCCAGAAAAAGUUGGAGGAGCCGGAGCUUGUUAAUGGAAUCCUAGACGCUAUUCAAGCUAUCAGUGACGAGGGGCGGCGUGCGCUAGCAGAUCCGGAAGUCUCCCGCGAGGCAUUGCUUUCCGCGCUUUCAAGUUUGAUCAAUGAAAACCACAUCCAUUUGGCGAAUCUCGGCGUGUCUCAUCCUGCGCUGGAAGCUAUCAGAGCUAAGACUGCUGCUCGCCAGUUAAGCACCAAGCUCACUGGGGCCGGCGGCGGAGGUUGUGCAGUUACACUUGUACCUGACGACUUCCAUGAAGAUGCUCUAUCUGACCUGAUCGAGGACCUACGACGCGACGGCUAUGAACCUUAUCUCACUUCUGUUGGGGGAAGCGGGCUUGGUGUACUUUCGCCGUAUACCCGCCGAGGCUCAGCAGAAUCUCUAGGCCGAUUGACACCCCCAGAGACGCCUGGGGAGUCGACUUCGCAGACAACAGGAGGCGAAGAAGUCCCUUUGAAUGCAGCUUUCGAAACUACCGCGACUACUGGUCUGUCUAAAUGGGCUGAGGAGUUAGGGCGUUGGCUAUACGUAUAG